AGAUUUCACAAUGCGGAAGAAGCGCAACACAACACUGUGAGGUUGUAGCACAAGAGCCGAGAAGAUGUCUCAUGUCGUAAAGAAAAGAAAAUUGGAUAAAACACGUCAGGACAGACUGUACUUUGACAGCUAUACUGAUGUGACUAUUCACGAGGAAAUGAUAGCGGACCACGUCCGCACGAACACGUACCGGAUGGCGAUACUAAGGAACAGUGAGUCCAUACGGGGUAAAGUUGUACUGGACGUCGGGGCAGGAACCGGCGUUCUCAGCAUUUUCUGUAUUCAAGCCGGUGCUAAGAAAGUCUACGCAGUUGAAGCCUGUUCUAUCGCAGAGCAGGCGGUGAAAAUAGUUAAACAGAACAACAUGGAGGACAAAAUUGAAGUCAUUCGAGGCACAGUGGAGACGGUGGACCUACCGGAGAUGGUGGAGGUGAUAGUGAGCGAGUGGAUGGGUUAUGCCCUCCUGCACGAGUCCAUGCUCAAUUCGGUCCUGUACGCGCGCGACAAGUGGCUAAAGCCGGGCGGCAUCAUCCUGCCCAGUAAAGCCGAGCUCUACAUCGCACCAAUUAGCGACCCGGUGGUAGAAGACCGCUUACAUUUCUGGUACACCGUCAAAGACCAAUACGGCGUCGACAUGUCCUCCAUGUCCGACUUUGCCAGGAGAUGUAUCAUGAAUUCCGACAUAACUGUGAACUCGGUGACCGUUGAGGACGUGCUAUCCCACCCGGCCCGCUUCGCCGAGCUCGACUUGUACUCGGUCACCGUGGAGGAGCUACGGUUGGUGAAAGGCAAGUUCAGGUGCGACUCAUUCGGCUCAGCGGCAGUGAACGCGUUCUGUGUUUACUUCACGGUCACUUUCCCCUGCCCGGACAAGCCGCAGGCGCUGGUGCUCUCCACGUCGCCGUUCAAACCCGAGACGCAUUGGAAGCAGGCGGUGCUGUACCUGGAUGCUCCGGUGGAUGUGGUGCAAGACACGGUGGUUACCGGAGAAAUCAGCAUGUAUCCCUCCGAGGAGAGCGCCAGACAUUUAUGUGUCCAUGUAGACUACACGAUAGGAGAGCAGAAAAGACAGUCCAAAACUUUUUCUAUCCCUGACUGGAGCAGUGAAGCUCAGUCAUAGUUUAGCAACAACAUUUAGUGUUACAGUUCAAUCACCAGGCAACACACUCAAAGGCCUAGUCCUCGUAUUAUUAUCUGUCAAUAAGACUCCCAACCUGCUCAACGUGAUUAUUGGAAGAAGUGGACCGAUGAUUGUAUUUUUUACCAGUGUGGUAAAUAAUCCAUAAAUCCAUAAUGUCACCUUAGGUCUCACUUGGGACUGGAGCUGACAUCUAGCCUAUACAUACACGUGCUCAUACAUACGUAGGUUUUGACCCAGCUCUCUAGCUUUAAGUCUUAACAAAUUUAGUUUGAGUAGACAUAAACACACAGUGGCUACUACAAUCAGUAUGUACACUACAGUACAUGUUUUUAUUUUGGAGUGUUUUAUGUUGUGUAGUGUUUAUAUUUGUUUUCACACUUACCAAAUAGUUCAGUGGACAUCUAAAUUGGAAGAGGACACCUGCAUCUAUCUAAUACCUUAUAUAUUAGAUAUGUUUUUUGAAUUGCAUACUAUAUAUUCAGUUUGAUUGCAAUUAUGAUCCAAAAACAUUGCAGUAGUAAUGAGUAGGAUUGUAAUUAUCCUACUGAUUAAUCAUUUGGUCUAUAAAAAUGUCAGAACAUAUAAAAAAAGUUAUUGACCAACAGCCCAUAACCCAAGAUCUUUUUUUUUUUCUUUCAAUCCUGAACUAUGGUACUUAGUUAUUAAUAUUGCAUACAGAGAAAAACAGAAUAUCCUCACAGCUGAGAAGCUAGAAUAGGGUACAUUUGGUAUUUUUUAAUUGGAACUCCCAUUAGGCAAUUGUCAAAAUAGUUGCUUAUUUACUUCUCUAUUGACCAACUAAUCAAUUAAUCUACUAAUCAUUUUAACCAUUUAUUGUAACAAUUUAAUAAUAAUUAUAGUUGGUGGGGAAAAGCCUUAGAAACAGUUUUGACCAUCAAAAGUAACAAAAGGUUUCCUGACUAAUAAAUAGUUUUAGGAGGGGAUGCAGCUCCGGGCUUUUACAAAUUGUUAAAUAGAUCCAAUGCCAUGCUGCAGACAUCUGAUAUUUUAAUUAAUGUAGUCAUUCAUCUUGUGUUGGAUCCGAGAAAGAUGUAUAUUAAAUGAGGACUGGUAUAUUGACUUGGACUAGCUGCAGUCAGGCAGGAGGUGUUUUACAUGGGCUUGGUUUCAGUUUUUAAUAACAAACUAAAUUGGCUUAUUCUUUUGGUUUAAAACAAGCACGCACCGGCAAUGGAUGCCAGCAACCUUGACUUUGUCCAAAGUUGGAAUUCUACUGCAGCAUUUUGCAAAAUAGCAACAAGUAGAUUAGUUGUACACAAUGUAUUUCCUUCCUGGCCAUUAAGGAUCUUGCUGUCAAUAAGUGAUUAAGUUGUUUUUAUCGUUAACGAUCAAGGAUACAUCUUUUUUUUUGUGUGAAAGUUAAUAGUUUGAUGGCCAUGUUUAAUCAUUUCUCACUCAUGUAUUAACAGUACCUGUUAUUUGGCCACUGAUUAGUCACUGAUUCCCUUUUUAUACUACUUCAGAGUCAGCGUUUCAAAAGUGGGUUUGGCGGAUUAUGUGGCAGGGAAACAGCUUUUCAAAGAGAAUUAAGCAAAUGCUAACUAGACUAAUAAACUAUUUGACUGUU